UUUAUCUUAUUUUCUGAAGAUUUGAACCUGGCAAUUAGCGGAUCUGCGCAUUCCUUAUUUGCCACAUAUUCUUUUGCACUUUCCAUCCUCCAUUUGUGAAGCUAUUAGUUUUUCCAAUAUUUUGGUCCUCGUUAGUCUCCUGGAUUUUCAUUUGGCUGUUGUUUUGAAAUUUCAGUGAUCUCUUCUUUCGUUUAAAGCUGUUUUGCAGGCAUCCUAUACGGUUUCUCUUAGACUUUGUUAGUAUAACGAAAUGGUCAUUUAUGGAUUUAGUGAUUUUGAUUGAUUUAUUUUUGGGUGAGGGGUUGUGGGAUUUUUUUUUUACCUUUGCGGUAUUCGAUGCGAUUUGGGCGAUGUAGGAAGCUCUAGUUGUUUUCCUUUUCCUUUAUAAGUUAUACGCAUAAUAGUUAUUGGAUGAGUUAAAGUCAUUCUUAUCCUUUUAAAAGCCUAAGAUACUAUCCUCUUUUUCGCUGUCUUCACCCUAUUUUCUUGCUGGAGCAUGCAAUGAUUGGAAUCUGGAAUGACUUAUUUCACUUAUCUUUUUCGAUAGUGAUGUUAAUGUGCUGUUGCUUGUUAGUUUGGGUUGUGCAAUAAAAGAGAAAGGGCACAUGGGGGUAGUGGGAAACCCUGUUAGGGAACAAAUAGCUUGGAAAAGUUUGACUUAUGAGUUUUAACAUUACUAAAAUGGAGUACAUACAAAACAAAGGAUAUCCUUUGCUUUGGGGGAAGCCGGGAAGGAGCAUCAUAUUCGAACUGGUUGUGGUUCUGUGUCUGUCAUAGUCUAUGGAGAUCAUGACAAACCAGCUCUGAUCACUUAUCCAGAUUUAGCGCUAAAUUAUAUGUCAUGUUUCCAAGGAUUAUUUUUCUGUCCAGAGGCAGCUUCUUUGCUGCUUCACAACUUUUGUAUAUAUCAUAUCAGUCCUCCCGGACAUGAGUUGGGAGCUGCUGCAAUUUGUCCUGAUGAUCCUGUCCCUUCCGUUGAAGACUUAGCAGAUCAAAUAGUUGAGAUCUUAAACUAUUUUGGGCUUGGUGCAGUGAUGUGUAUGGGAGUAACGGCCGGUGCUUAUAUUCUUACUCUUUUUGCAAUGAAAUAUAGGGAGCGUGUUCUUGGUUUAAUACUUGUAUCUCCCUUAUGUAAAGCACCUUCUUGGACUGAAUGGUUUUAUAACAAGGUGAUGUCAAAUUUGUUAUAUUUCUACGGCAUGUGUGGCUUGCUGAAGGAGUGUUUGCUUCAACGGUACUUCAGCAAGGAAGUUCGUGGUAAUGUUGAAGUCCAAGAAUCGGAGAUAGUUCAAGCUUGCAGAAAAUUGCUGGAUGAGAGAAAGAGAACAAAUGUCUUCCGGUUUCUUCACGCAAUUAAUGAGAGGCCUGAUAUUACAGAAGGAUUGAAAAGAUUAAAAUGUCGUACACUUAUUUUUGUCGGGGACAGUUCUCCUUUCCAUUCUGAGGCUCUCCACAUGACUUCAAAACUUGAUAGGAGAUUUAGUGCGUUGGUUGAGGUCCAGGCUUGUGGAUCAAUGGUUACAGAGGAACAGCCACAUGCAAUGCUGAUACCUUUGGAGUACUUUUUCAUGGGUUAUGGGCUGUACAGGCCAUGUCUAUUCAGUGACAGCCCAAGGAGCCCGCUUAGCCCAUCUUGCAUCUCUCCGGAGCUCCUUUCUCCAGAAAACAUGGGUUUGAAGCUAAAGCCCAUAAAGACCCGUGUUUCACUGCAAGUUUGAUGUCAGAAAGUACUUGACUUUUGUAAUUGAAAGCAAUUUUUUUUUCUUUAUAUUUCUUUUCUUCAAAUUUUUUUAUUGUUUAAGAGAGAGGGAUGGAUAGACAAGAGGUUGGAUAGACUUGGAGGGGUUGUAAAUAGAAGAAAGGAGAAUGAAGAGAAUACGUGAAAUAUAUAAAAAUAUAGGGAGGAGAGUUGCCUUUAUUCAUUUAUAGUGUGACUGCAAUAAAGGAAUCAUUGAGCUGUAUUUGUAAAUUCCAGGUGGACUCUAAAUUUAUUUAUGACGACAACCAAUCAAU